AUGAGUUUAAUGUUGAAUGAUGAAGUGGCUUUAGGGAAUGAUAUUAGAUAUAAAAAUUAUAUUGUAGCUAUUGAAAAAAUUCUUAAACAAUUUGAAUCAUCAACGGAAUGGCCUGACCUUAUUGCUAAUUUAGUCAAAGUUAAAAAAAUCAUAGAAAGUUAUUCACGAUUUAAAGCAAUACCAAAACGUAUAACCCUGUCAAAACGUCUCGCUCAAUGUCUUCAUCCAGCAUUACCCUCUGGUGUUCAUUUAAAAGCUCUUGAAGUAUAUGAAACAAUAUUUCAAAUAAUUGAUAAAUGUCAUUUACAACGUGAUAUUAUUUUAUAUUCCUAUGGAUUAUUUUCUUUAUUAUCUGAUGCUGCAUUACCUGUUAAACCUAUUUUAUUAACAUUAUAUGAGACAUAUUUUUUACCAGUAGGUGAAGCACUUAAUCCAAUAUUAACAGGAUUUUUAAUUGGACUAUUUUCAGCAUUAGAAGAAGGUGCUGAUUAUUAUAAUAGAGUUAUUAUAUUACUUGAUAAUUUAGCAAAUCGAAUUGAUGAAUUUUAUUUUUAUACGUGUAUAUGGUCAGCUAUACAUUUUGCUCCAACAGUACGCUAUUCAGCAAUAACAUUUGUUUUAAAUCAUUUUGAUAAAAGAAAAAAUAUGAAAGCUCAAAUUUAUUUAAUAGGUUUAUCAAAUGAAACAAUGGUUUCUGCUAUUUGUACAUGUCUUCAUGAUAGUCAACAAUUAUUAGUUCAACGUUUAAUUCUUGAUUUUCUUCUUACUUGUUUACCAAUGCAUAGAAAACUAUUAACAAAAACAAAUAUGAUCAAAAUAAUUAAUGGUACAUUUCAUAUUUUAUUACAACGUGAUAUGACAUUAAAUCGACGUAUAUAUACAUGGUUUCUUGGUACAAAUCAAUUAAGUGACGAUAUUACUAAUGAACAAAAUCAAGUAAAUGAUUCAUUUGACUCAUCAUCUUAUUUUGUUACACAUACACGAGAUAUUUUCAUAGAAUCAUUGAAAAGUUCACUUAAAACAAUAUCUAUAAAACCAAUAUUAAUCAUCGUUAAAUCAGAUAGCGAUGAUAACAAACCCUUGACAAAUAUGAUGGAUCCAUUACCAUCAUCGACAUGGACAUUAACUAAAUUAAUUCGAGUACUUCUUAUUCUUAUCGAUAAACCAGAUGUUGGUCCGAAUAUUAUCGAAUCUAUUUUCAUGAAUUAUUCACUUCUUGUUUAUGAACAAUGUUAUCACUCAACUAACAAGUCUGCAUCAAUCAAUAUUCAACAGGAAAAUAAUUAUUCUGAGACAUUAAAAAUAUUCAAUAUACUUCUAGAUACAUUAGAACCCUAUUUUAUAUGGGAAUUGUUAACAAAAAACUUCGAUAUUAUUCUAAAUCAACAAGAAAAUAACAAUUCUAUUACAGCUGGGUCUACUAUUGAGCAAAUAUGUGGUAUAAGUGAUAUGUUAUUAGAUAUAUUUUCAUUAGAAAAUUCCCUUGAUAUUCAGUCUGAACAUCUAUCUGAAAUGCUUUAUCGUCUUAUACAAAUAAUGAAUGAUAAUAUUGAAAAACUAACGUCAGAUCAAAUAACAUUAUUUGUAGAAUUAUUAUUAAAAAUUUUUAAAAAUAUUAUUUCAACUAACACAAAUCAUCAUUUAUCUAUAUUUCGUUGUUCAAUUACUCAUCAAUAUGAAACAUUUGAUAAUCAUAUGACUAGUUAUGAUAGUGAAGAUGAAAAUGAUCAUAAAACUUUCAUUGAAAAUGAAUAUUCAACAGAUAUUUAUAAUAAAUUAUUACGUAGAGAUAAUAUAAGUAAAUUAGAAAAUCCAAGUUUAAUAGUCGAACAAGAGAAUUUAAACGAUAUUGAACAAUUACUUCGUCAGAUGGUACAUAAAGUUGAAAAACAACUUGAUAAGUUAAAUAAUCCAUUGUUUGAUAAAAAACAAAGUCGAUUAUCAACAAAAACAAUGUUAGAAUUAAUGAAUAAUAUAGAAAAAUCAAUAAAAUUAUAUCAAAUUUUUUUUCAUCGUUUUAUUAUCACAUAUUUAAUUGAUCAAAAUCAAAUACUAAUGAAUGAUAAAUUUCAAAGUAUUUAUUCAAUUAUACAAAAUAAAACUAAUGAUAAUCUUUUCACAAUUUUUAAUCGAUAUCAACAAGUACAUGAAUUCCAACUAAAACUAAGUGACAAUGUUGAUCAUUAUAUAGCAACUUUUGAAAAUUGUUGUAAAUUACUUACUGAAUUUUGCUGUGUUCCAAUACAAUCAUCUUUGAAUGAUGAGUCAUUUUUAUCAAAAGGCAAAACCAAUUUUGACGAUUGGUCAAUGGAUAUAUGUAUUUUAGCAUUAUGUAUAAGUGAUCAUUUUUCUCUUCAAACAAUUGCAAUAUCUGUUUUAAUUGAAUUAUUUGGUUAUACAUUAAGUUUAAAUACUUCAAAUAAAAAAAAUGCAAUUGAUAUUUUAGGAAAUAAUUUAUUAAUUAUUCCAUCAUUUACUCAAGAACAAGUAUUAUUACUCUUAAAUGAAACUGAAUUUUUUCAAUAUAUUAUUGCAUAUUUUUGGGAAUAUUUAAGUGAUAAGUAUGGCCGAGAAUAUAAUUUAAAAGCUUCACAUAUAUUAUCAAUACUUCAUUCAAUGUUACCAAAUAAUUUAUGUGAAGAUUUAAUAUGUAAUCAAUUAUCAUUGAUAAAUAUUCAACAAAUCGAAAUUGAUAUAAAAAUUAUGGAAGAAUAUAAAAAAUUUUUUAAAUUAUGGAAUUCAACUCGUGAUAUUCAUCAUAUAAAAAAUGAAAAUAUCGCAAAAUCCUUUCAACAUUGUUUAAUUUAUGUAUUAAGAGUUCUUAGAGAAUCAAAAGAUUAUUGUUUAAAAUCCAUUGUACAAAAAUGGACUUCUAAUUGUUUUAUCCAUGGAGAUGUAUGUCGAAUAUUUGAUAUACUUCUUAUUAUGCUUUUACAUUCAGAUACAGCACGUGUUAGUAUACAACGAUUUGAUCCAAUUGUUCAUAAAGAAUUUUUUCUUAAUCAACAAACCAAUACAAAUGAAAUAAGAUUUUCGGUAAUAUCUGAUGAUGAAAAUAGUGAGGAUUAUGAUGAUGAAUUUAUACAAGACGAUGAAACUCAAGAAGAAGAAAUUGAUAAAGAUAAACAAGUUCGUGCAGUUAGUUGUAUAAAUCCUAGUGAAUCUAUCGAUUCUAUAAAAUCUUCUCCACAAACAAUAAAAUUUCCAACAAUUUCAAGUCUUUCACAACCAAUUCUUUUCAAUAUUCGUUCAUUUUCACCUCCAACAUUAUUAAAAUCAGUUAAACAACGUGCACCUACAAUUUCAACUAUAUUUAAUCGAAAUAAUAUUCAAAUCGAAUCAAGCAAUAAUACUAUUAUUAAUAGUUCAUCUCAUUCACAUCCUAUGCCAAAUAGUAGUAUCAUAAGUGAAUCGAAUUUGCCACAAAUGAUGAAUAAUUCAAUUGAUUUUCAAUAUGCUUAUAUCUUAAUUUAUACUCAACCUUAUGAUCAUAAUCGUAUAAUAUUAUCUUUAAAUAUAAUCGACAGUUUAUUUGAUCUUAUUCCACAACAACUUAUUCAAACUUUAUUAAUAACAUCAAAUAUUCAAUCAUUACCAAUUAAUAUACAUAAUAAACAAAUGCAUGAAUUAGUUUUAAAACAUCGUCGAUCUAUCGAAGGAAAAGAUUAUGAUUUAUCUAAUGAAAAUAAUCAAGAGUAUCAAUCUUAUUUAUAUUUAUUAUUAAAUAUACUUUUAAUGUUUACAUAUAGUUACUAUCCAAAAUGUUUUGAUAUUCAAAAAAAUCGUACAAUACAUAUACGUUCAUUAAUAUUAUUAACACGUAUAUGUCAUGAUUUAUCAUAUAUAUGUAUGGAUAAUACAAUGUUGAUAAAUUAUAUAACUAAUUUAUUUAAAAAACUUUCAUUUCAAAAAAUUGUUUUAUGUUUAUUUAAUAGAUUUAUAAAUAAAGAAUCUGAUUUAUUAAAAAUAAAAGUCAUAUAUGAUUCUAAUGAUGAAUUAUUACAUGGUCAAUUAACAAAAGAAUAUUUGAAACAAUUACUACGAUUAUUAGAAGAAAUUAUUUUACUUGAAAAUAUAAUUUAUUCAACAGAUUUAAAUUUAAUUGAUCAACUAACUGUUAAUCAAACAAUUUUUCUUUCAACAAUUUUACAAUAUCUAAAACGGAUUUAUUCUAUUGAAAAUCAUUAUUAUAUAAUUAGUUUAGUUGUAAAAAUAUUACCUCAUUGUGGUUCAGCAUUAAAAACAAUAAUUAGUCGUGUUAUUGAACAAAUUUGUCGAAAUUUAACUUUUGUUGUACAGUGUUAUAGUCAACCAGAAAGAAAACUUGAAUUCAAUACAGUUCAUAAUACACAGCAUUUUACUCCAACAUUAUGCCCACAAAAUUGGAUAAAAAGAGUGAAAAUUAAUACAAAUGAUCAAUCUGAUGCUCGUCAAUCGAUGUUAAAUAAACUUCCAUUAAUUCUUUCAAGUCUUUUAUUUAUAUGGAAAACAAUAUCAAUAAAUCAAACUAAUUCAAUAUGGUUAGUUAAGAAUAUUAAACUUGUUCGAGAAAAAAUAAUUGAAUUUAUGUCAUCAUUAACAAAAUCAAAUGGUGUUUCAUUUCUUCGUGCUGUUGUAUUAUGUUGGAGUGAACGUAAACAACAACAAAAAUCAUCAAUAAUACAAAGAGAUAAUGUUAAUGAAAUACAAGCAUUAAUUGAUAUUCUUAUGAAUAUAAAUAAUUAUACAACAAAUGAUAUCAUGUAUAAUAUGAAUACACUUAUACGAAAUUUAUCAGCAACUAAUAAUAAAAAAAAACAAAAUUAUAUUGUUUGGUGUCUGCAAUUUCUUUUGACUUAUUUAGAACAACAGAAAAAUGUGUCUAUUGAUUGUUGGUCAAUAUUAGCUAUUAUGUUUAAAGACUGUUUGUCACCAUCAAUGUCAUCAUCAGUUACAUUUUUAAUAAUAAGAAUAUUAAGUAUUUAUGUUAAACAAUCGCUAUUUACGAUUGAAAAACGAGAUUUAAAAGAUUUACAAGAUAUAAUAAUGAAAGUUCUUGAAAAUUGUAAUACAAUCGUUGCUUCAUCACUUGAACAAACAAAUUGGUUACGCAAAAAUUUACAAGUGCGUAUUGCACAAUUCGAGCCAGGUACUCAACAAAUAACUCUAGAUUCUUCCAAUGAAAUUGAUCGUAGUCUUACUAGUGAAAAUAAUUCUUUAGACUUCGAUGAUAAUUCACAAUCAAUGAAUUUUAGUUUAAUGGCCUUAACAAUACUUGCUGAACAUGCUGUAAAAUUACUUGAUAUUGUUUAUAAUUUAACCGAUGAAAAAGAUCGUAUCAUAGGACCAUAUUUACAAAAUCUUGUAAAUAAUGUUAUGCCAUAUGUUCGUAUACAUGCUUUAUCAAAUGCACCAUGUUAUCGCUCAGCAUCAACUUUACUUAUGAAUAUAUCACAAUAUUCAUAUACCAAGAAAACAUGGAAAAAAGAAGUAUUUGAACAAUUAUUUGAUAUAGGAUUUUUUCAAGUUGAUCUAUUAGCAUUAAAUUCAUGGAAAAUAAUUAUUGGUAAUAUGAUAAAAGAUGAAAAACCAACAUCAUUUCGUGAUGUUAUGAAUAGAAUAAAUGCUGUUCAAACAGGUUUAUUAGUUUCGAAGGAACAAGAAUAUGAACAACGUUCUGUGCUUAUUAAACGUUUUGCUUUUAUUAUUUAUGCAACAGAAAAAGAUCAAUGUAAUCGAUAUUUACCAGACAUACUUGAAUGUAUUGCUGAUUUACUUAAAUUACCGCAAGUACCUAUAGUAUAUACACAAAUAUUUCUUCUUUUUCGUGCUCUAUUAAUAAGAAUAUCAAAUAAAAAUCUGAUUUCGUUUUGGCCAAUACUUAUGGCAGAACUUAUACAAAUUUUAUUACAGCUUGAACAAGACCUAUUAUUCGAUAUUGAAGGUGAUAUCAAAUCAAACGUUCAGCGAAUGACUACAAAUGAUAUAACAUUAACAAAUAUUUCCAAUGGAACAACUGAUUCAAAUCCUUCACUGAAAAUGUAUUUAUAUGCUUGUAAAUUACUUGAUACCCUUUUGGCAAUGCCCUAUUCAGAAUUAUGUCAAUUUCAACUAUUUCGAUCUGCAUUUGUUGUUGAUCAUGAUAUAAUUAAUUCGAAUUCAAAUAUUGAUAUAUUUAUUGCUUUUUCAAUACGUUUAUGUAAAUUACUUGAACAAAAACUUCAAUUAAUGCCAAUAUCUAUGUGCGAUCAAUUGUUAAUAAUCAGCAACUCAAAUUAUCCAUUACUUCGUUUAAGAACGAUAUCAAAUAUUAUCGAAUUAUUUCCAUUUUUUAAUUGUUUAGCUCGGAUACAUACUAAGGACAAUUUAUAUUUAAAAAGUGAACAAAUUUUAUUAUUAGAUACAAUACAUGAGAUAGAAACAAGUGUGCUUGAAGAUUUUGUUGAGUCAUGGCUUUAA